UGCAGGCUAAUUUUCCUUUGAUGGAUUUAAGACCAGGAGCUAAAGGUACUUGACUAUUCGCGAUUAGUCGACACAUUGUGGUGACUGCAGAUGGUGCUGGAUCUGUCCAUUUAUGAAUACCACUGGUCGUAACCCAAAGGUCUCUUGGUUGAAGCAGCACUCUGCUCCAACAGCCGGCAUUAGUUUCUUACCCUCCAAUGAUAAGAUUAUUGCUAGUGUUGGGUUGGAUAAGAAGCUAUACACUUACGACUCAGGGUCUAGAAGACCCUCAGCUUUCAUUUCAUAUGAGGCACUUUUUUCUUCAUUGGCAUUUAGAGAUGAUGGUUGGACACUGGCAGCUGGUACUGGUAAUGGUAGAGUGGUGUUCUAUGAUAUUCGGGGAAAAUGACAACCUUUUACUGUUCUUCGUGCUUAUAGUAUAGUUCGCGGGUUGGUUAUCUUUUGCUCUAUUAUCACUUUUUAAUAUAAAAAGAGACCCAGGCCCUGAUAAAUUCUUGUAGUUUGCACUUGCAUGCUAUGGAAUUUUGAAUGGUAUUUGUAUAAAAGAUCAUGUUCUAUAAUGGAACUAAUGAUACUAAUUGGAUGUCACUGCUUGCUUGUUUGUGCAA